CAGUCAGUGGACAUAUUGGACAGCGUUUUGGACUUUCAGAUGGCUUUUGAACAGCUCUUAUGCGCUGAUGCAGCAGCAUCCUGCAGUCUUCUGAUGCAGUCCUCUGCUCGAAGCCAUAUGAAGAUACUCGGAUAAUUUAUAAUAAUUAUUAUGAUUAUUCUGCAAGCGAGAUGGGGAAUGCAGAGCAAUUAAUCGACCUAACUGCAGGUACCCUUGUGUAAAAUGGAGGAUAGUUUCGAUUGCGACUGUGGUGAGCUGGAGCCACCUGAUCAUUGAGAAGGAACUGUCUCACUGAGAACGGCCAUCCCUUCAGAUUUCCCCACAUCAGGUGCUUGGAACAGUAAAAAAGGAAAGAAAAAAAAUAUAGAAUUAUCAUCAUUUAUUUGGACCGUCUCAAAAUGCUGCUGCUCAGGGCCAGUCAUACACUGAAAUUUUCUGCACUGUGACGAUGGUUUUAUUGGUAGUUAGUUUAAUUAUAUCAGUUACGUUCAGAGAUUUUUGAUUGGCCUCCAAAUUCAUUAUAUUACGUCCCCAGUAAACGUUGAAAUAAAGAAGAAAAUCUCCCACAAAAUACGUAAAAAGCUGCUGAAGACAUUUUGGAUGAUGACAACAUAUCUAAGUUGCAUAUCUCAAUCAGUUCCCCUCAUCUUUUUGAAUACGCUGUGACAGCCGGAUCGGAUGCCGCUUGAGUGCUUAUUUCUUGUAAGUUAGGUUUCUCAACUAGCUAUAGUAUUUGCAAAUAAGAUCUGCUGCAUAUCAGUGAAAUCAGAAAUCCUUCCUGCCAAAUAUCGGAAGAAUGGCAGAGAAAUUCGAAAGCCUUAUGAACAUUCACGGCUUCGACCUGGGCCCGCGCUACAUGGAUUUGAAGCCGCUGGGCUAUGGCGGAACUGGCCUUGUGUUCUCUGCUGUCGACACCGAUUGUGACAAGAGGGUUGCCGUGAAAAAGAUCGUCUUGACCGACCCUCAAAGCAUCAAACAUGCGCUGCGUGAAAUCAAGAUCAUCCGCAGGCUCGACCACGACAACAUUGUGAAAGUUUUCGAAACGCUGGGGCCUAGCGGUCGGCCAUUGACAGAGGACGUUAGUUCCUUGACGGAGGUUAACUCGGUCUACAUCGUACAGGAGUACAUGGAAACCGACCUCUGUAAAGUAUUGGAACAGGGCUUGCUGUCUGAGGAUCACACGCGGCUUUUCAUGUACCAACUGCUGCGGGGACUCAAGUACAUCCAUUCGGCAAACGUGCUUCACCGCGACCUGAAGCCCGCCAACCUCUUUGUCAACACCGAGGACUUGGUACUGAAAAUCGGGGACUUUGGACUUGCCAGAAUUAUGGACCCCCACUAUUCCCAUAAGGGGCAUCUGUCCGAAGGCCUGGUCACUAAAUGGUAUCGUUCUCCUCGUCUGCUGCUUUCCCCUAACAACUACACCAAAGCCAUCGACAUGUGGGCCGCUGGGUGCAUCUUUGCUGAGAUGCUGACUGGAAAAACACUCUUUGCAGGAGCUCACGAGCUGGAACAGAUGCAGCUCAUUCUGGAAUCCAUUCCGGUAGUUCAUGAAGAAGACAGACAAGAGCUUCAAAGUGUCAUACCUGUCUUUAUCAAGAAUGACAUGUCAGAACCACACACGCCACUCGCCAAGUUACUGCCUGGUGUCAGCCCUGAGGCUUUGGAUUUCCUGGAGAAGAUCCUGACCUUUAACCCCAUGGACCGGCUCACUGCAGAAGAGGCUCUUGCUCACCCGUACAUGAGCGAUUACUCAUUCCCUCUAGAUGAACCUGUGUCCACACACCCCUUCCACAUUGAGGAUGAGGUGGAUGAUAUCUUGCUCAUGGACGAGAGCCACAGUCACAUCUACAGCUGGGACAGGUAUCAUGACAGUCAGUUCUCCGAUCAGGACUGGCACCUGCACAGCACCCAUGAGGUGGAGGAUGUACAGCGUGAUCCUCGAGCCAUGUCCGACGUCACGGACGAGGAGGUGGUCCAGAUCGACCCGCGCAAAUACAUGGAUGGAGAAUGCGAGAAGUUCCUUGAGGAUCCUUUGUUCGACCUACCACCAGAGUGCUCGUGGCAGCUAGAUGAUCACCACGAGAACAAGUAUUGUGACCAGGAGUGCAGCUACACUUGCAACUAUAAAGCUGUGUCCCCAUCCUACCUGGACAAUCUGAUCUGGAGGGACAGUGAGGUGAACCACUACUAUGAGCCCAAGCUCAUCAUCGACCUCUCCAACUGGAAAGAGCAACAGAGCAAAGAGAAGAUCGACAAGAAGGGCAAGAGCAAGUGCGAGAAGAACGGACUGGUCAAGGCCCAGAUUGCCCUGCAAGAGGCGUCUCAGAACAACAGCGUGGCCGAGAAGGACUUCGAGCAAGAGAAACACCACUUCGACUUUGACUCGUUCAUUGCCGGCACUAUCAAACUCAGCCUGCAACCGGAGCCUGGUGAUGUGGACCUCCUGAACGAGCUGAACACAUCAUUUUCUCAGCUGGACUCCCAUGUCCCCAGCAGCUCCAUUUCAAAGUCCAUCAUUCAGGAGAAAGAGGAGAAGUGUCUGGUGAACCUGGCACAGCUCGGUGUCCGAGCGCCCUGUCCUUGGGAAAGUUUCACGGACUGUGGCGGCGACGAGAGUAGCCUGAUCGACGAGGCCUGCUGGGAUGUCCGCAAAGACGAGCAGCUCCAGAAGGAGAACACCAGCUGCCAGAGCAGUUAUCUUGACCGGCUUUUCAGCAAGCGUGAAGAGGUGGAGUCUGAGAUCCAAGAGCCCAUCGAAGUGUCCGUUCCGGUGGACAACUUCAUUUCCUGCAGUGGUGAGAUCGUCUUUAACAUGCAGCUGGAGUCUCUGGCCAUUCCGGGAUUUGAGGGAGCUGACGACAUUCCUCUGAAGUCCAUCCAGGCCACACUAACACCCUCUGCAGUUAAACGCUCCCCUCAAAUUGCCCACAAAACAUACAGCAGCAUUUUUAAGCAUUUGAAUUAAAAAAAAAAAAAAAAAAAAAAAAAAAGAAA